GACGGUAAUCCGUUGAACUUGAGCUUCGUCCCUCUGGACAUCAAACUAACCAACUGGGACGACCUGCCCGAGGCCUUCAGUCGACGCCGGGAAAAUCGAAUACAGGUACUGAGGUUCGUUCAGGAGUGGAGCAGCCUGGCAGCCAUGAAGCAGAAACUGCUUCGACGCAGCGGCCUCCUCUUCCACAGCCCCACUUUAGGCUUGCAGCAGCUGGCCGCCGCCCAACGCCCUCACUCGAGCACCAAAAG